CUCCUGCUCCUGGUGACCACACAGUUUAGAUUUACCUCCACAAGCACAUUAGGAGAUACCACCAAGGGGAAUCUGUCAGGCUGCUGAAAGGUGAGAAGAUUAGAUAUGAGAAUAUGGAGUCUGGAGGAAGCUCCACAACUCAGCAAAUAUUCCCUGGGACUCUCAGCACUGACACAUGUAGUAGACGAAUGGAGAAGAAUCUAGUCAAGGAGAGAACCCACCUCUGCCUGGAGUGUGGGAAGAGUUUUACUGAGAAAAGUACCCUCAAAAUCCACCAGCGCAUCCACACAGGAGAGAAACCCUUUCACUGUUUGGAAUGUGGGAAGAGUUUUACUCAGCUGAAUCAUCUCCAGCUUCACCAACGCAUUCACACAGGAGAGAAGCCCUUUCGCUGCCUAGAAUGUGGAAAGAGUUUUAAUGUACAGAGUCAUCUGCGACUACACCAGCGUGUUCACACAGGAGAGAAACCUUUUCAGUGUUCAUACUGUGGAAAGAGUUUUAGUGACAAAGGCAAUCUCAACAAACACCAGCGCAUCCACACUGGAGAGAAGCCGUACUGCUGUUCUGAAUGUGGAAAGUCCUUUAAGGAUAGAGGUCCUUUCAAAGCUCACCAGCGCAUCCACACCGGAGAGAAACCCUAUCACUGCUCAGUAUGUGGGAGAAGAUUUAAUCAACACAUUAAUCUCCAGCUUCAUCACCGGGUCCACACAGGAGAGAAACCGUUUCAGUGUUCAUUCUGUGGAAAGAGCUUUAGUGAUAAAGGCAACCUCAACAAACACCAACACAUCCACACAGGAGAGAAGCCGUACUGCUGUUCAGAGUGUGGAAAGACUUUUAAGGACAGAGGUCCUUUCAAAGCUCACCAGCGCAUCCACACCGGAGAGAAACCCUAUUAUUGUUUAUACUGUGGAAAGAACUUCAAUCAGCAGAGUCAUCUCCAAAGACACCGACGCGUUCACACUGGAGAGAAACCGUAUUAUUGUUUAUACUGUGGAAGGAGCUUUAGUGACAAAAGUACUUUAAAAAAGCACCAGCACAUUCACACAGGAGAGAAACCGUUUGACUGCUUAGUCUGUGGAAAGAGUUUUACUCAGCAGAGUAGCCUCCAGCAACACCAGCGCAUUCACACCGGAGAGAAACCAUAUUACUGCUCAGACUGCGGGAAGAGCUUCAGACAUUCAAACACUUUAAAGGCACACAAGUGCUCUAGAGGAGAGGUGGAAUCUCCUAACUCAUGAAUUUGUUGCAUCUGUGUUGAAUUUAUACCCAGUUUUUGCUUGAAAUGUUUCAUAGAAAUCCAUGAACCAGUGGUCACCAACCCUUCUCCUGGAGAUCUACUUACUGAAGAGUUUUCCAAUCCAUAUCUAAGGCUGAUCAUAUGUGUCUCUCCAAUCAGGUCUCUUAAGACGACUGUCCACACUGUUAUUUGCAAGUGAUCAGGUCCAAUUUGUGUGUCUGGAGAAGACCAGUCCAUCUGCAUGGGUUGCUGUGGUAACGACAUAGGCGUCAGUACUAUCUAGCUACAUAGCUACACUGGUGACACGGAUUUCAAACGCGGAUCCAGGAUUGAUGGAGGAGCAUCAUCUCGCCCUCCAAACUCUUCAGAAUUCUCUUCAUAAUCCUGAGUCUUUGGAGCUCUUCCUGAAUCUCAGCACUUCCGUCACUUUUGAUUUGACUUGAUUGAGUUGUUUGUCAUGUGGGAGUGAUUCAAAAGAUGCUUUGAAAUCUGAUUUGAGCGUCCAGCCUAAGCCGGAAUCAAUCUGUAAACAUCCAGUUGAGUCGCAUUUCAAACCACCAAAUGUGAUUUGCAAAAUGUGUUUUUUUGUUGUCCAGACUAUCAAGCUGGAUACAAUCUGAAUUUGCCAAAAAUCUGAUCUGGGCUUGCAGUCUGAACAAGACCUAACAAGCGGCAUUUGAUUGUGCCAGUGGAGAACAUCUGCAGCUGUUAAUAAGCUGGAGCAGGUGUAGUAGAUUGUGGUUGGAACGACACUCUGCAGGAACGUAGAUCUCCAGAACCAGGGUUGGAGACCACUGCUGUAGAAUCUUUUGUAAGAAAAAGAGGUCUUUGCUUUCUCUCCUGUGUUUUUGUAAGUUUAUGUUUUAUUGUCUUUAGUUUUGUGUAUGUGGGUGGUCUGAGAAUGAAUUUCUGUAGCCGACUGUGUUACACACUGACCAGAAGAAGUAGGAUUUGGACUUUAAUCAGCUGCUA